GACCGACUAACAUUUCACGUAGAUUGUUUUGCAUGAAGGAUUAUUUUAUCACCUUAAAUGAUGAGCUAUGGGUUUCUCCGUAGUUAAUUGUAUUUGUUUUAUAAUUGAGCUGUUCUUAUUGAAAGGGUACAAAGCAUCGCCGACAUUGACUGUGGAUGUAAAUGAUGUCUUCGUCAACAGUAGCAUAACGUUAACAUGUUCCACGUCAUCCCCGCCGAAUAGGAUUGAUUGGUUCAUGAGAGACGAAGGAUCAGAAGAAGAGAAAAUGGUCAUUGCUCAACAAUGGCUAGAUGCUGAUCAACGGUGUCUUACUGACAACAAUGCUAUGGAUUGUUCCUGUUUAUCGGCACAGGUCUACUCGUGUUCUAUAAAGUCGGUGAAUUCAAGAAAUGACGGACAAAGCUGGCGCUGCAAAGCUGUUGUAAAUGGAAAUGUGUAUAGUGAAAGCAAAAGCUACACAAUCAGAUUAAUAUUUCCACUUACUUCCUUAACCAUUCUACCAGAGACGUCAGUUGCUUACCCAGUUUUCAAUGUCGUAUCAACCUUUACAUGCAUCACUUCAUUAAGCCGGCCAGUGGCUAGUAUUCAAUGGUUCAACGACAACAUAAACAUAACACACCUUGCUUAUUAUUCGCACAUUGAUGACGUCGCAAGAAGUGAUUUACAAUUUAUACCAAACGCUAACGGGUACAUAGGUGGAAAUAUAUCCUGCGUUGCAAGUUAUGAGUUUAAAUUCAUAAGUAACGUUCUAUCAGCUAACAUAAGCAUUCGAGUACAGUACCCCGUUUCUAACCCAAUAGUGACUAUCAACAAUCUAAGUAUAUCAACUGAUAUUUCAAUACGAGAGGAUAGACUCGUUCAUUUGAAUUGUUUCUCCACCGGAUAUCCACAACCUUCGUAUAAUUGGACUUACUCGGGCGGACGAUCGACCGGUGCUUUUCUGAAUUGUACAUUCACUCGCAAUAACGGUAGCGUGUCAUGUAAGGCGUAUAAUGUUAUGCGCACAUUUGACGGUAUAAAUAGUGCAGAGGCUACAGAGAAGAAUAUCGCAUUAAAAAUAAACGUAUUGUAUCCACCAGUCAUUACAAAGUUAUCGAGCAAUGACAAGAGCAUAGAAAUCAUUAAUAGUACAAUAAGAGUACAGAGAGGUGACAACAUCAACAUAGUCUGUACUAGUGACGCCAAUCCCCUGGCUACGGUAUUCUGGAAUGGACAACUGAUUGAUUCACCUACAUUAACCGUCAUAAGUGUGCAGCAUGAUGCUGUAUGGACUUGCCAAGCUACAAACACUAUGACUGAAUUUGAUGGAGUAAUAUCAACGUCUAAUGUAACAAGAAACGUAUCCGCGAGAGUAUUAUAUGGCCCUGGUGUUCCUACAAUCACGUACACAAUUCCUACAAACUCAGAUGCACUUUGGAAUGCGUUACAUGAUCCAAUUAAAGUCAUAGUUGGAAGUACCAUUAUCUUGAUGUGCUCCGUUGACAGUGUUCCGAACUCGACAUAUACCUGGGAUACCGGACACAAAGGGAGUAUUUUAACGAUAGUGAAUGUAACGCGAACAACGAACACAAGGCACAGUUGCUUGGCAAAAAAUGUUAUGGAUACAUCAUUUAAAGGAAAUGUUAUUGGCAGUAACUAUUCCUUCGCAAAUCUUGAUAUACUCUAUGGCCCUUCGAACAUAGCAUUGAUGUACAAUAACGUCACUCCAAUAGAGAAUGAAUUUAAAGUUAUUGAAGGAUGGUCGUUCAAAAUAUUAUGUUCGGCCAGCAGUAACCCAGCUCCUCGAUAUACUUGGUCUGGUCAUGCAGCACAACAAGGUGAUGCUCUGAUAAUAAGAAAUGUGAGAACUGACAUAGAGAGAAAUGUAACAUGUAAAGCAGAAAACACCAUGACAGAUAGUGUGGGAAAGAGUGUUGUCGGGCAUACACUUGUAACCGUUUCAAUGGAAGUGUUGUACCCGCCUGAUGUUCAAAGUCUCCAGAACCAAACAGUGCUACUGAACAAUUCUCUCACAGUUGUGUGCAAUUUGACUCUUGUUGGUAAUCCACCAGCCUCAAACUAUUCAUGGAUAAGGAAGGACAUUGGCAGAGUGAUUGGUACUGGAAAAACACUUAUAAUAAACAACAUUAGAUUGGCAGAUGAAGGGGAAUACCAGUGCAAUGCUUCAAACAGAAUGCAACCAAUAACUAAUGAAGUGCUAUACGGAUUAAGUCAGUCGACAGUCUAUAUAAAUGUUGAAUAUGGUGACCCCGAGCCUGUGCUUCGUGUAAUGAAUACUACCCGUGGAAAUGAAAGCAUCAUGGUUGAAAUAAAAGGACGUGAAGCUAAAUAUCGCAUUCAACAAGCACAAUGCGAAUAUGAUACUGGAAACUACACAUGCUUGGCUGACAAUCGUUAUAACGAAGGGAGACAGUUAUUUGCUCUUUUAGUUUACUGUGUACCGAGAGCAUCGCCAUUUUCUCUUCCAACUACAACAUUGUCCAGCGCACCGAACGACUCUGUGUUGUUCACAUUCACAAUAAUUGCAUAUCCUAAACCGACUUUACAAGAUGUAAUUUGGUACAAGCGAGAGAAUGAUAGUUGGAGGGUUUUAUCAGAUGACAACAACUUCCUGAUCACACUCUCUGAUGAUAGCAUGCAGACACAGCUAAAUAUAUUCCAUGUGCAACUUGAAGAUUAUAGCGACUUCAUGGUGAACGUUUCUAACAAACUGGGUUCAACGAUGGAAGUGUUCACUUUAAAAGCGCAGUCUAAACCGGAAAUUCCGAAAGAAUCGCAAAUAAGCAGAAUAGGGAAAACGGAACUGAUCGUCGAAUGGAUUCCAGGUUUCAAUGGCGGGGAAACUCAAACAUUUACUAUAAGGUACAAAGUAUUAGGCGAUGGCAGCUGGAUUAUUAUUCCCAUAAACAUUUCGAAUCAUAUAUGGACAAUCGAUGGGUUAGCGUCUGGGAUAACAUACCAAAUUCAAAUACGGGCUCAAAACAAAAUUGGAGAGUCGGAUUGGACUCAAGCAAUAAACAUAACUACGCUUGUCGAUGCAGUUGAUAAGGGAUCGACUUCAUCUGCUAUUGGGGGUUCGAUAGGUGGUGCUGCAGGAGUUGUAUUAAUCGUCGCCGUUAUAGUUGUUAUAUGGAGACACAGAAUAAAAGAAGUGCCAAAAUCUGAUUUGAAAAAAAUACUUACGAGAAGAUUACUAAAUCAAUCUAAUGGCGCAUACGAAAAUAUCGGUAUGGUAAAACCUCGUGAGGAAACAAAACAAAACAAACAAGAAAUGGAAUCGUCUUGCUCCGUAAUUGAUGGUCCACGUCCAUGCAAAGUUGGAAAUAAAUUAGCACCGUGUCUAAGAGAAAACCAAAUACAUAGUUCGGACCAGCGGGCACGGAAAUUAGUACCGGUAUACGAAGAUAAACAAUCUGAGGAAAAUAAUUCACAAUUUACAGCUGGGAUCCAACGAAUUAUCAAACAUAAUACAGUCAUAUCAGACAUCUCUGGCUCGACUGUAGCGGCACCUUCUACUAAUACAUUUGCUACAGAAAAACGAGACUCAUAUUUCAUUGAGCAUGAUCCAAUAUACGACAACAUCUACAAGAAAAAGACUAAUUUUAAUAGUAGAACCAUCAGAAUUGAAAACUUACGAGAGACUGUAACUCGAGAUAAGAACAAUAAAACAGAUGUUUUCACUGAAUUUAGCGCAUUGAGCGUCGCGAGUGAGACAAUAAAAGAAAGCACAAACGCAGCUAUUAAAACAGCCAAUACAUCGAAAAACAGAUACAGAAAUAUGUAUCCAUACGACAAAAAUCGGGUUAUUCUUUCUGUAAUCGGAAACGAUGUAGACACGGAUUUCAUCAAUGCAAGCUUCAUAGAUGGUUAUUCAUCUCCAAAGAAUUAUAUUGCUGCACAAGGACCAUUAGCCGACACGAUCGCGGAUUUUUGGAGAAUGAUUUGGGAAAAUAAUGUCCGAGUUGUGGUAAUGGUUACAAAUCUAGUAGAGGAUUCGAAGAGAAAAUGCAUCCAGUACUGGCCUAAAGACGCCGCCAAUAAUUGUCAGUAUGGAGACUCUACAAUACAUCUACUGUCUGAAGAUAUUCAUGCCGACUUUGUUGUUCGCACGUUGGAAUGCACUCGGAAGGGUUCUUCAAAAACCAUUACUCAUCUUCACUUCACGGCGUGGCCUGACAAAGACGUCCCAGACACAGCCCUGUCGCUUUUGCAAUUCUGGCGGAAGGUUCGCAGCUUGGAGAGGCAUGAUGAAUCUCCAUGGAUUGUGCAUUGCAGUGCUGGUGUCGGUCGAACUGGCACAUUCAUCGCAUUAGACUAUCUUUACGACCAAGGAGUAUCGGAGAAACACAUAAACGUGUUUGACGCCGUGUUAUUACUUCGUGAACAAAGGAUCAACAUGGUUCAGACAAAGAACCAGUAUUUAUACCUCCACGAAGUAUUGUGUGAAGCGCUGUGCCCUGUUGGAGAAGUGGUGUACAACAAAACAUUUUUUAACCAAAAUUACACAUCCAACUAUCUCAACGAAGAAUACAUGACAAUAUGCCGCUCUCACAUUGCUGAAAGCAAGGAUGAAACUGUAGAUGAUAUCUACAUGAGAGUUUUAGAUGGAGAAAAACCCGAAAACAUUGAUAAAAACAUCGACCCAUGUGUUAUUCCAGAUGACAAAUAUCGCCCAGUACUGAACAUGGCUGUAAACACGAGGGGGCAUACAGAUUACAUAAAUGCCGUGUAUCUAUCGACAUUUAAAGAAGGAGACAGAUUGAUACUGACGCAGUCAGCAAACAUAAGCUCAGAUGUUGAUUUCGUACAGCUGCUGCACGACCACUAUGUUCGGACGGUUGUGACCAUAGGCGAUAAGAUGGAACCGUACUUACCAGAGAAUGAGGAAACUAUUGUGAUAGGUCCUUUCACCGCCUCAUCCAUAUCAUUUGAACAGAAACAGCACUUCGAACGAUAUGUUGUGAGAUUCAAACAUAUCGGAGAGGUACAAACCCAUAUUUUGUAA